AUGCCGCCUCGAAAGGCAUCAACGACGCCAGUGAAGGCGAGCUCGCGGACGAAAGUGAAAGCUGCCGCAUCCAAUGUAGAGCAGGUCGCAACUAGAGAUGCCCCUAACUGGCUCCUCUGUGUGGUGCAAUACAGCGGCAUUUUGUUAUCUAGUCUGGCACUCAGCACCGCGCUGUUCUCCCUUAGCACCCAGAUUACACGCGGAGAUCUUGCCUGGACUAGCAAGUAUUAUGAUCAUUGGUGGCAGGUUGGAGGAUUGUUGACAUGGAGAGCUGUUGAGUUAACUGUUGCUUGGGUCUUGGGAUACGACGCCCGCGAUGUCGCAUCCUUCAUCUUCCUAACCCAUCUCCCGACCUAUGUCCUCCUCUGUAGCUUCUACGGAACCCGCCCUACGACCAUGCUAACGGUCGUGUUCAUAACCAUCUUCUCCAUCGCCGUCCCAUUCUGCAUCUUCCGCGCCCCAAGCCGCGUGCACCAGGAACACCCUAUCUCCUGCACCUGCAGCCGCAUUUGUUCUCGACUUUGUUCACGGCUUUGCGCCCGCACCGGCACAGCCAGCACCAGCACAGCCGCCAAAGGUAAAACCAAACAAAAGCCAACAAUUCUCACAGACACCCCAACAACUGUCUACACCACCCUCGUCGCCACAGCCAUCUACACCGUAUCCCUCUACACCAGCUUCGCCACCUGGCUCCCAAGCUGCCUGGUCAUGCACUUCGAUGGCCUGCCGGACCUGCGCCGCGCUCAUGAAGGGCCAAGAGGCUUUGUCUCCCUAUUCACCACCCUAUUGCCCGCAGGCUACGCCCUGCGCGAUUUUCUCUUCGUCAGUUGUAUCGGGGCUGCGUCCCUUGACCGUCAAGAAGCGCCAAAGGGGCGGAAGCACGUCGAGCGACCUGGUGAGCUGCUUGUCACGUCGCUGUAUCGCAGGUACUGGCUGGGGCUGUUGACAAAGACGCGGGUAUUGGCAUCGCGCACUGUAGUGCUAGCGACGAUGAUUAUGUUGAAUACGAUUGUGCAGGUUGUUGGGACGAUCAGUGGGGCGGGGCUAGAGGGUGCGGUGGGAUGGGGGAUUGUUUGGGCGGUUGCGACUGCUGUGACGGGUGUGGUGUUUGGAUGGAUAGCUGCUGCAGAUGGACUGUGA